AUGAGAAAUUUGCAUACGCCACCUGCAGUAGUACUUUACCGUAUUAUAGGAAAUGAUCUGCCACCUCGUCAUUCAAGCAACCAAACAUUAGUAAAUGUAUUAUUUAUUCUCGAAAAUGAACCACUAUUUGAAAAUGUCGAAAAGAUUUGGAUUCUUAAUCGUAUUGUUAAUACUAAACUUGAAGAAACUUUAAUUAAUUUAUUAAGUCAAUAUAAACAAUCAUAUAUUCGCAUUGCAUUUGAUUGGAAUAAAUAUCGUAGAGUCUCAUAUUAUUUUCCCUUAAAUUAUCCAUCAAACGAUUAUUUACGCUCCAAAAAUUUUUAUAAAUUAACUCCAAUGAAUAAAAUUCGAUUAAUUGAUACAAUUUAUCAUAAAAAGAAUCUCUAUGCUAUGAAUAAUAACGGAGCAAGAAAUUUUGCUUUGAGGCAUGGAAAACAUCAAACUUAUGCACAAUGGCUAAUGAUCUUUGAUGGAAACUGUUAUUUAUCUGAAAGUGCUUUUGAACAAAUUCAAAAUUCUUUAGUUAAAAAUGGUUCUCGUAUAAAAUAUUUUCUUGUUCCAAUGAUUCGAAUUGUUGAUAAUCAAGAUGUUUUUCGUCAAGUUAAACGUAGCGGUAGCGAAGAACCACAAGUUAUUUUUCGACGUGAUUCAGAUAUUGAAUUUCUUGAAAACAUAAGAUAUGGACGUGGGCCAAAAGAAGAAAUACUUACUUUAUUAGGUGCGAUGAAAUCUUUUUGGCGUCCGUUUAAAUGGGAACCUGAAGGGCGAAAAUCAUCUGUAACAUUUGAAAAUAAUAUUACAUUCAAUCCUCGAUUUCAAUAUACUUCCUUUGUCUUUCGUCUGUAUUCAGGUUAUCAUGCAGAUCACGAACUUUUAGAUGGUGUAAGAGGAUGCAGCCGUUUAUACGGAAUAUUUCUAUUUUUGGAAAAUCUUGAUUUACAAGCUGGUCGUGCGAAAUUACUUCCACCUAUGUCACCGAUCAAUUCAAUUAAUUGUACACCAUGGACAACUCAAGAGAUACAAGGUAUUAUUGAAACUGCUAGAGAAAGAGAAAGAAACUUUAACAGUCCAUUCGAAACAAAGUAA